AUGGGCAGUACUUCAAGUGAUGAUUCAGACAGUGAAACUACUAAUCGAACAUCACCAUCAUAUAAUAGAGCUGGUGGAAAUAAUCGAAAUAAUAUAAGAAAUUCUCGUGGAACAACUCGUGGAUAUAAUUCAUCAACACAAUUUGAUCCAUUUGCAAAAAGAGUCAAUACACGUGAUCAUCAUUAUACAAAACAAUCCGAUGUUAAUAAUUAUUCAGAACCGACGAUAAAUAAUCGAACGUUUCAAAAACCUGCUGUUUAUGAUUAUGCACCUAUCCAAGCGGCUUAUAAACAAUUAAAAAAUCUUCCACAAGAAGAUCUUCUCAAAGCAGCUAUUCAAUCUUUACCAAAACCAAUUGAUAAUGUAACACCGAUUAAAAUUGAUCAAAUUAAUGGUCAAUGUGUUGAUAAUACUCAGCGUAUUGAAGUUAUUCAACGUAAAGAUGAACCAAUUCGACAAGAAAAAGAUAAAAUUUUAUCUGAACAAGUUGUGACACCAAUCACAUCAUUAGAUGUUCUUAAAAUAGAAAUUCUUGUUGAUAAAAAUCAUCUUAAACAAUAUAAAGAAGAUUUUAAACAAUUCGAAACAUUGGCGGCAACAAAACAACUUAAACAUUUAAGUGAAACAUGUUCAGCUAAAGCAUUUUCAAUAUCUUUUGAUAAACUUGUUACUGAUCUUGAUCAAGAAAUUAUUUCUCAAGAUUAUAUUUAG